AUGUGCAUCCUCUUGCUUUGCUGGACCUAUUCAACGGAUGAGGAAUUCCAAUGGUUGGAAUACUUUGCAGGAGAAGCCAAUUUGACUUCUGUCAUGGCUUCGGCCAUGUACACUUGCGGAAAGUUUGACAUCCUUUACAAUGAACAACCCGAACAUCGGAAGUCGAACUACAUGGACUUAACUCAUGCCUCCGGAUACGGGUUGGCCCUGCUCUGCAUCUUGCGAUGCCGGGUGGGUGACUUUGCUGCCCAUCUUGGGUUGAAAUGCUCUUCCCUUUGCAAGAUGAACCAUGGUACAUCUCAGAGAAGCGCAUGUGCAUCGGUUGGGUUCUGGGAAUAUCCUUCAGUCUAUACUGCGAAUGUCCUCAUUGAAAGGAGUUGCACAAUGGUAGCUUUGGUGACGGCCCUCGGCGGGCUGUGGUCUCUUGAGCAGCCCUCAGGGUCAGUUCUCGAAUACUAUCCUACCUGGCGUCACCUUAUGGCCAAAAUUUUCGAAAAUGGAGGUAUUCACAGCGUGACGACGGUGCGGUGGUGGAUGGGGCAUUACAAUGCUCCCACGCCUAAGAGGCAUUGGGGGGCUUCAAACUCGCCCCUCAUCCGGAAGAUCGAUAAGGGGGUACUUCAAGGGUGGAAAAAAAAGUCUACUUCGACUCCAGUGGUCAAGUACAGGGAUUCCCAAGGCCGUGAGAAGUACAAGGGAACAAAGGAUUUGCGUAAAACGGAGGUCUAUCCGGUAGCUUUCGCACGGGAGAUCCUGGAUUCUGUGGAGGCCAUGAAAGCUUCCACCCACGGGCAGCCAGCAUUACCCAAUCCUCUUCCCACUGCUUUCGAGACCUUUACCACUAUGAAAUGGUCCACUGAUGACGACAUUUGGGGAUUUGUAGACUUCGCCCAGCUUUUCAACUACAUCCGCAACAAUCGGUCCCUGCGCAUUCCCAGUGAAUGGAAAGCUGUUGUGCCCAAGACCAUGUGA